CGGCGGGGGCGCCUCGAGGGCUGCCGGCCGCGCAGAGCCGUUCGAGGAGAUGGACCUGCCCGUGGAGGACCCCGGGCCCCCCCAUCACUCUGAUCUGCUGCAGCCCCCCGUCUCGGGCCCACAGCUGUGUGAGCUGCGCACCGCCGUCUCUUGCUUCGCCGAGGAGACCGUCUCGCUGCUCUCGGCCAACGGCCUGCUAAGCCAUUCCCUGCUCAGGACCCAGGCCGGCGCCGGGGCGAGGCCGAAAGAGCCGAGGGGCCCCUCGGCCACGGCCCGGCGCAAGCGAGAGUUCACCCCAGACGAGAAGAAGGACGACGGCUACUGGGACAAAAGGAAGAAGAACAACGAGGCAGCCAAACGGUCUCGGGAGAAGCGGCGGGGCAGCGACCUGGCCCUGGAGGGGCAAGUGCUGGCCCUUCUGGAGGAAAACGCCCGCCUCAAGGCCGAGCUCCUGGCGUUGAAAUUUCGCUUCGGCCUGAUUCGGGAUCCAACGGAGCCUUCCGGGCCGGUGGUUCCCGUCGCCGCUGAAGCCCCCCAGCCGAUACCCACACCCCAGCACUACCCGGCGGCCCUCGAGACCCCCCGGUACGCCUGCCCCUUCCGACCGGAGCCUGCCGCCAGCUCGGAGGACUCUGGGUUCUCCACACCGGGCAGUUCCAGCAUGGGAAGCCCGGUUUUCUUCGAGGAGCGCGACCGGGCCGAGGAAGGGAGUAUGUACGACGGGCACUGCCUGGUGCCGGAUCCCUCGGAGGACGCGGCGGAUCUGGGCCGAGGGAGCCGCUACGAGGCCGGGGAGAGCGUCAAAGGCCUCCCCCACAAGCUGCGCUUCAAAAUGGCCGGCGGGUCAGAGGACAUGGCCGGGGAGCCGCCGGGACACUACCCGCCGUCUCCGCCGGCGGGAAGCUGGAGGGGGCCCACCGCGCGCGAGGAGCCGAGGAACGUGGGCCCCGCGGCCGUGGGGGCCGCGGCGUUCGGCGGCUGCUGCGAAGCGGAGCCCUCGGCCAGCCACCUGCCGCCUCUCCAGAGCGCCGGGUACCAGACGGAGAACAGCAGCCUGCGGAACCAGCUGGCGUCGCUUUCGGCCGAAGUGGCGCAGCUGAAGAAGCUCUUCGCCGAACAGAUCCUGAUCAAGAUGAACUGAGGAAAGGGCAGUGCGGAAGGGCGGGCCUCGGAGGGGGUCCGCCCUCCCUGUCCCCCAUACCAAAGCCUGUAUGUAUAUUGUACAGAAUCUGGCCCUGCAGGGUCCACUAGCCCCCCUCCACCCUGUCCUGUUUGCAUUAAUAAAACUCCCUCCUUGGAAUAUGUGAUUUCCCCCCCUACUGUAGUGGUUUUCAUACGGUACAGCUUUUUUGCCCAGGAACCGUCACACACUUCAGAAGAUUCCAGAGAGCCAGCUUUUUCUAGCGGUUAGAGCGUCAAGACUAGGAUCCGGGAGACCCAGGUUCGAAUACCCACUCCGCCACGGAAGCUGGCUGGGUGGCCUCGAGCUGGUCGCACAUUCGUGGCCUGAGCUACCUUACAAGGUGGUUAUGAGGAUAAAAAUGGAGGAGAGGGGUUUAGGCCGCCUUGGAUGCCCGUUCGGGAGAAAGGCAGGAUAUACAUGAAGUGAAAUAAAUAAAAAUAAAAGUUCAGGGGCAGCCGGGAUACCGCGCAUUCCGUCGCCGGAGGUCCCCAGCAUUUCUGCUGCUUGAGCAGCUGCCGCAUUCAGGCCCGUGGCUAGGGUGGGGCUUUGGGGGUCUCCGCCCCCUUUCUUAAAGGC